AUGGCCCGCGACGACGACAGCAAGUCACCCGACGGGUCUCUACGGCGGCCAUCUCUGGGAUCGAGAGACGAGCGUCCGUCCUCGGAAUUCCUGGGCGCUGAGCGGUCCCGCAUCUCCAUCAUCGCAGAGGACUCAGACGAGCGUACCGACCGCACUUCCGGCUCAUCUCCAGAACUAGACGAUGUCGACGAGAAACCAUCCCGGUCAUCGUCGUACUCCGACCACGAAGACGAUGACGACGACGAUGACGACGACGACGACGACGACGAGAUUCUUCCCGAAUCCCUCACGGAGGACUGGGAGGAGAAGAUGUCCCGCUUCUCCCAAGCAAACACGCUCCAGGAUCGACGCCGACGAGAAUCAGAAACCGUCGUCGUCCUCCCCGACGACAAGGCGGACAGGAGGAAGAGCACCGGCAGUGCGACCUCGAUCGCGUCCCGCUGCUCACACUGCGGGCACCACCGCCGCGCCUCGUCAGUCACGCUGGCGAACGCCCCGGCAGUUCCGAUGCGCAAGUCCUCCCUGCCGCAGCGGCACGGCUCCCUGCGGAUAACACCGCGCGUGCAGCCAAUGUCGCCCAAGGCGGCCGCCGCCUCGGAAGCCGCCGCUGCCGCUGGUUGUUCGGAGCAGCGUGCGUUCCCGCUUAAUGUGAAGAGGGUUCCCUCACACGCCAUGUCAGACGUGCAGGUGGCGCGGCACGUGCAGAGUGACGGCAACAACUUCCCUGAGCCACGCUCCGAAACGGCAUCCAUCAUCUCGUCAAUAUUUGCGCCAUCACUGCGGCAUCUGGCGAGUCAUCCGUCUCUGAACGGGUCGUUGGGCUCGCCUGUGAGGAGAGGGUCGAUCGUCACGCCUGUUGCUGAGCAGCGACAUCCUGGAAAGGCUGGGGCGCGGAUCAGUCGCUUCACAAGGCCAUUUGAGCCGGACAUCGACGAGGAUGAUGGCGAGGAUUAUCUGCGGCAAGUCAGGAGGUUAGAGGCGCUUAGAGCGCAACAGAGAAUCUCUCAAGUACUGGCGGCAGACAUUUUCUGCGAGAAAGAGGAGUGGGUUGAAGGGUGGCCGUUGGUGUUCCUCAUCAUCGGUAUCUGCCUUGUGGUAUUUAUAAUCUCGGUGCACAGGACGAUCAUCACGACUGCCAUUCCUCAAAUUACCUCAGAGUUCAAGUCCACGUCGGAUAUUGGAUGGUACGGCUCGGCAUAUCUUCUCACAGCUUGCGCCUUUCAGCCUCUCUUUGGCAGAAUCUUUGUGCUCUUCUCGGUCAAGUGGUCGUAUCUCCUGGCAAUGUUGAUGUUUCUUGGCGGAUCCCUCAUAUGCGCCCUGUCCCCAAGUUCCAUGGUCCUCAUUAUAGGUCGUGCCGUGGCUGGAUUCGGAAGCGCUGGCAUUCUCACGGGCAGCUUCGUUACGUGGCGAUGGAACUUCUUCGCAAAUCUGCCGGUCGUAGGCGCCAACAUGAUCAUCUUCCUCAUCUUCUUUCACCCCAGACAGCCCCCUCGCGUUAGGCCAAGGUUCUUCGAUAGAAUUUUGGAACUCGACCUCCUCGGCAACAUCUUCCUCUUGGGCGCCUGCGUGAUGCUGUUCAUGGCCCUCGAACUCACCAACCGUGGCCAAGCAUGGUCGAGCGUCAGAAUCAUCGGCCUCUUGUCAGGAUCAGGGGCGACCGCUAUCGUUUUCGCCGCAUGGCAAUGGUGGAGGCAGGACGGCGCGUUGAUCCCCCCGGCUAUCAUCACCCACCGAACAGUCGCGGCAUCCUGCGUCGCGGCCUUCUCCACGUACGGCGCGCUCAUGAUCCAUACCUAUUUCCUGCCGCUGUGGUUCCAGGCCAUCCGCGGCGAGGACGCCAUCAUGUCCGGCGUAGACAUGAUACCCUACGUGGCGACCCUCGGCAUCUUCUCCCUGCUCUCGGCGGUCUUCGUAUCGGUCGUCGGCUACCCCGUGCCCCCGGCAGUUGUGGGCGGCAUGAUCGGCACAGCAGGCUGUGGCGUUCUGCGUUUGCUGUCUCCAAGCACACCGAUCGCCUAUUGGAUAGGUUUUGAGAUCCUCGUGGCUGCAGGCUUUGGCAUGUCGAUCCAGCAGGGCUUGACUGCGGUGCAAGCCGUUCUCCCACCAGAUGACAUUUCUGUUGGCACCGCUGCUGUCGUCGCUUCUCAGUCUCUGGGAGGCGCCAUCUUCGUCUCUGUGGGUAACACGUUGUUCCAGAACUACCUCCUGCGGGCUGCAGCUAAGAAUCUGGUUCCUGGUGUAAACAUUCGCGUGGUUCUUAGAGCUGGCGCCACGGCUUUCCGUACAGCAGUUCCUGCAAGCGCGCUGCCCAGAAUGAUGACGGUUUACAAUGAUGCUUUGAGGGUUACUUUCACGGCGGCCAUCCCGUUGGCAGGGGUAGCAGCUAUUGCGGCAUGCUUCAUGGAGUGGAAAUCAGUCAAAGUAAAGAAGGCUGCGUAG